CGUUGAUGAUCAUCAUUGCAAGACACGACCAGUCACAAUACACCAGACAUCAACCGUGAUCAAUAUGCCCGUCACAAUACAUCUGGUUCGCCAUGCUCAAGGCUUCCACAAUCUGUGCCGGGAGAACGAAGCAAUCCACGACCCCCGCCUGACGGAGCUUGGGGAGCAGCAAUGCGAGAAGCUGAGAGCUCAAUUCCCACACCACAAGCAAGUGACUCGCCUUUUUGCGUCUCCGCUGAGACGAACCUUGCAGACUUGUCUCUUGGCUUUUGGGUACAGAGAUACGGCAGACACUCUCCAGCAGCCCCCGGUAGUCGCCAUCCCGGAAUUCCAAGAGGUGGCAGAUUCGCCGUGCGACACCGGCUCUGAGCCAGCUACUCUUAAACAAGAAUUUGAAUCUCUUGUUGACCUCCAUUGCGUUUACGAUGGAUGGAACUCGACAUCGGAAUGGGUUUCAUGGCCGGUCAAGGCCGAGGCCGUGCGAGCCCGAGCAACGAAGGCCAGAAAGGUACUCCGCGAGAUGCUCCAAUAUGCUGGCGACGAUGACCAUGUUGUCGUCGUCACACACGGUGCCUUUCUGCACUUUCUCACCAAUGAUUAUCACGGCGUACAGCCAGCCAGAGCGACAGCUUGGGAAAAUACCGAAUUCAGAUCCUACCACUUUUCAGACCCCUCGGGCUACGAUCCCGAGGCAUGGCUGAUGGAAACCGAGACCAGCUGGGAGCAGCGCCACGGCAACUUGGCCCGUCCGACUCAGAAGGACCAAGAUCGACUACGAGAGAUAUUCCUUGGGCAGCUGGGAGAAUUCCUGACUCCUACAGGAUCUCAUUGAGGACCGGCCGAGAAAAGUCCCAAAGAGGCACUGCCCCGGGUAAUGUUAAUUAUGAAGAAUUUUAGAUGAAGGAAAAUAUUCUAGAAAUAUGUUCCGCGUUAUAGGGUUAGAUAGACUCGGGCAAAUAUAGGGAAGAAUAGAAA